AUGGGCGACGAUGAUGAUUUUCUUGGCUUGCUCGGGAAGCCUGUGUCAGAUAUCCCGCGCCAGGAACCGCCUCCCACAUCUUCCACACCCUCAGACCGUGGACGAGACCAAGAUGCUUCUCCUAUGCCUUCCAACGAGGUCGAUCGGGCUAUUGCGGAGUUGGUGGACAUGGGUUUCCCCGCUGAUAAAUCCCGCCGGGCUUUGAACACCACAGAUUCCGGAAUUGACGUACAGGCAGCUGUUAGUUGGCUUCUUACUCAGGCCCAUGCCGAAUCUCGUCAGAAGACCGAAGGACAUUCUAGUGCGACUCGUUCUGCCGAUCGCGCUGAAAGGAGCGAUAGCCGCAAUCGCGAUAGGCCUUCGUGGUCGAGAGAAGAAAUGCCAACAUCUCGGUCGCGUCAGGACAGACGGAGUCCAGCAUCAUCGGACAAAGACCCUGCGCAGGUGGCCUCUCAAUUUGGUAAUAGUCUGCUAAAAUCAGCCGGUUCGCUUUGGAAGACUGGCAGCAAGAGAUUUCAACAAGCUGUAACUGAGUUCAACACCGAGCAUGACCCCAGCCAGCCACGCUGGAUGAAAGAUGCGUCUUCCCCACGCGAUGAGCCUUCUUUGCAGCCGCAGCGUCCCGGUCGUCGUGACCAACCGGCUCAAUCCCAAAGAGAGCAGCAGGAAUUCACCAACGAAGCGCUCCUUCUUGAAUCUGGAGAGGGUCGGCCUCAAAAACCUUCUCGCCCUCGUGAAAGCCACCGCCCUGACCCGAGAAGUCAGCAUCAAGACCAACAGUCCCCCGGUGCUGUGCAACCAAGGCAGCAACCCAACUUCCUCCAGCGUCCAUCCCGACAAAGCUCCCAAGAUCCUAAAUCUCGACUUUCACGGUUUGCUGCGGAAGAGCAGCCAGCGCAGGCAUAUGUCAGUCCCGCAAGACGUAAGCGACCUCAGGCCACACCGCCGUCCUCUGAGCCUACCGUCGAUCUCUUUGAUUCUCCCGCUCCUUCAGCCAGUCGCUCAAAGCCUCCCACCCCAGCUCAAACUGCUACGCCCCCCGCACGCUCAGCUUCCAUCCCUGUACGCCCCAAAGCUCCAACACGGUCUAUUCCACCUGUAUCUCCCGAGGCGCUUCAAUCGACACACCGUCACCGCGAAAAGGCCGCAGAGUCAUACAAAAGAGGCGAUUACGCAGCAGCCCAUCAGAGCUUCUCCACGGCUCUUGGUAUGCUCCCCGACAAGCACCCUAUCACCAUUAUCAUUCGCAGCAAUCGUGCCAUGACAGCCUUGAAAAUCGGCGAACCCAAGUCCGCCAUUGAUGAUGCCGACAUUAUUCUAACAUUCAUUGGCCCAUCUAAGGGCGAAUCGGAGGUAAUCGAUCUCUGCACCGGCGAACCGCCCAAGCCCAUGAAAGACUUCUUUGGCAAGGCUUUAAUGCGCAAAGCCGAAGCCCUAGAGCAACUUGAACGCUGGGGUGAUGCCGCGCAAGCAUGGAAAAUGGCUGUAGAGUCUGGUCAUGGUGGCAGCACUAGUAUUCAAGGCCGGAACCGUUGCGAGAAAGCGGCUGGUAUCAACAAACCUCAAUCUAAACCCGCAGCCCCUGCUCGGAAAAGGCCUUCACCUCCGCCCAAGAAGGCUUCGGCUAUGUCUGGUCUCACGGCUACGUCGGCAUCCGGUACAGACUUCGAAGCAGUCAGCCGACUGCGGCAAGCCAAUGAGGCGGCCGAGCGCGCCGACGAAGAGAAGUUUGCUCUUUCUGAGAGUGUCGACGCCAGAAUUGCCGCUUGGAGGAAUGGCAAGCAAGAUAACUUGCGUGCAUUGUUGGGAAGCCUGGAUUCUGUGCUAUGGCCUGAGGCUGGGUGGAAGAAGAUUGGCUUGUCAGAGCUGGUUUUGCCGAAUAAAGUUAAGAUUCAAUACAUGAAGGGAAUCUCUAAGGUGCAUCCUGACAAGAUCUCUACCACUGCUACUACUGAGCAGCGUAUGAUUGCUGGAUCUGUGUUCGGAACCCUGAAUGAAGCGUGGGAUAAGUUCAGAGCUGAAAACAACCUCUGA